ACCAUCAGAUUUUGAUCCAUUCAGGUGUUGGGCAAUGUUUCGAAGCGUAUGCACAGUGAACAUUCGAUAUUGCUGCCGGAUAGAUGUACGAAUGUCUAGCCGACAAUGAUCGACACCACAUCAAUGUAUUUUACCAUAUGUGGCCUAUUGUUUUUAAUCUGUGCUAAUAUUUCCGAUUGUCAAUCAUCCGAAGAUCAUCAUCAACAAUGUUCAAGGCGACCAACUUCAUUUGGCAUUCAUUCAUCAUCCGGAGAUUACGAUUCCCUAGAGUGUUCUUCUUUACCAUCAUCAUUGCCAACUGAUUAUGAAAUAUGGGUAGCCAUUAAAAAAUCUCUAAAUGAUUGGCAUCUUAAUCAAAAAUCAAUCUCCACCAAUUCGAUUGACAAUAACCAAAGACGAUUGAGUCGAACAAAACGUGAACAAUUUUUAUCUUUACAAGGAGUUGAGGAUGAUUCUCAGCAAUCCCAAAUGCCACAACAACAGGUUUGUUAUGAACAUUUUGGCUGUUUCCGGCACAAAGGACCCUUUGAUUAUCUCAACACUUUACCUGCUUCACCUGAAUCAAUUGAAACAACUUUUAGCCUCCAUACGAGAAGAAAUCCCAUUGAAGGCGAGCCGCUGGAUUAUAACGAUAACGAUGAUAUUGAUAACGACAAAGAUUCAUCCACUGAAAACAAUUCAAAACAGAUUCAUAACUCAUUCAAUGGCACGAAUAGUGUAAAAAUUAUCAUCCAUGGUUUUGGUUCAUCAAGCAAACGACCUUGGGUACAAAAGAUGACCGAAGUGCUGCUCCAAUUGGAUGAUUUCAACAUCAUUAAUGUAGAUUGGCAAAAUGGUUCCAAAUUGCCUAACUACGUGCAAGCUGCAGCCAACACUCAAUUGGUGGGCAAACAAAUUGCACGAUUAAUUCGAAAGAUUGAACGUUUGUAUAAUGUUCCUCCUUCUCGAUUUCAUUUGAUUGGGUUUUCACUUGGUGCUCAUGUUGCCGGAUUUGCAGGUCAAGAAGUAGCAAACAUAAGUCGCAUCACUGGUCUUGAUCCUGCAUCACCGCUUUUCGAAGGAUAUCCCGCUAAUGUUCGGCUUGAUCCAAGUGAUGCACAAUUUGUCGAUGUUAUACAUUCAAAUGGAGAUGGAUUCAUACGCGGCGGACUGGGAGUAUAUGAACCAAUGGGCUCUGUCGAUUUCUAUCCUAAUGGUGGUCGCGUCCAGGUUGGUUGUAGUACAGCAUUGGGUGCUUUGACCAACAUAUUGUAUCACGGACAAUGGAAUCUGUUGUGCAAUCAUCGCAGAGCUUUCCGUUUUUUCAUUGAUUCUGUACAUCAGGAUUGUACGUUUCGGGCAUUCUCUUGCACUAGCUAUGAGGAUUAUAUCAGAGGACAAUGUUUCUAUUGUGGACCAGAUGGCCGUCAAUGUUCGAAUAUGGGAUACUUUGCUAAUCUAUCGCAAGGACGUGGUCCAAUGUAUUUGAUUACCAGAGAUAAGGAGCCAUUCUGUGUGAAUCAGUUUAAAGUACAAAUUCAGUUUACUGGAGAACAAGGAGUCACUUGGGGUCAAAUUGAAUUGCAAUUGAUAAAUGCGGAUGGCAUGAACGAAACGUUUACUUUAACACAAGAAGUAGAUCAGCUUAAGGAAUCUGAACGAAUUCAAAGUUUGAUCGUGGCUCAUCCAAAAUUGACCAAUGUGAGUGAAGUGACCCUUACCUAUACUAAAUAUCGAGGUUGGAUCUAUUAUGGUCUUAAUGAAUGGCACAUUGAUCGUAUUGAAUUAUUAGAUAGUAAUUUUGUCGUCAAAACCUAUUGUCGACAACGGAUCACAUUAUCCAAUACGGUUCCAGUUCGUUUGAAAUUGUUUCCAACAAAUUGCACCGUCAAUUUCAACGGUGACAAUCAUCAGCAAGGAAUUUUUCCCAAUAGAAAAAACAAUGAAAUAACUGUGCUUGAAUCACAGAAGCAAAAACCUGCAAGAACCGAUACACAGUGGCCACCUAACAUAAUCAAUACACAUCCUUCUGUUCGUCCGUCAAUUUAUGCAUCGUAUAUGACACGUCCAACAAAUGCCGAACAGCCCUUAACCACUGCAAUAUCAAAUCCAAGUUCUUUGCAUCCAAUGCAUGUAUCUUAUGAUUAUGAUAUGGCUAGUGCAAGUGGACCAUUGCUAAAUACCGACCAAAAUGGACAAUUUCCUCCAUUAUUUGAACUGUUACCUCGCCACGCAUAUGCUCGGGAUCGUUUAAACAAAUUGGAAUCAACUCUAGAUGACGAAAAAUCUGAUUCCGAUGAAACAUCCGAGAGCCCUCAACAAUUACAAACAAGUAGUAUUAUUUCGCCUAUACUUAAUGGAGCAUCAAGAAUGUUCUGGAAAUUCUGGAACAAUCUUAAUCAGCCGCCAUCCACAAUAGCAAUACCAGCAAACCAUUCAUCGUAUGUAACACCACAGUCUCAUCAUUCGCACCGUAUGGUUUCGUCUUCAACAUCUAGUAUACGAACUGCUUCAUCAUCACCAAUUUUCAUUUUAUCUCCUGUUACCGGCGAAGUAAGAGAUCCUUUUCAGAAACCAGACCGUAAAUUGGCAAAUAGUAUAGAAGAAAACAUGAAUGAUGAUCAAAAAAACAUCGAAAAUAAUAAUCAAGAUGAUGAUCAUGAUGAAAGCAUUGGAUCUAACGAAAAAACAUUUCUUACAAGUGGCAAACAUUAUGUCUUGUAUUCAAUCAUUCCCAUAAGUAGUACGAAUAACGAGGAACAGCGAGGAACAUCCAUGGGCCCAAUUCGUCAUACAACAACUACGAUUAUGAUGCAGCCUAUACAUUUGAUCAAUACAUAUCAAGUGAUUCCCAAUAACAAUAACAAUAACAACAUGAUGAUCAGUACAACAAUGAUGACACCAACAGUAUCAUCUUUGAAAAAUAGAAAUAUCUUAUCCCCUUCACUGCCACCAUCAGAAUGAUACAUUUUUAUUACAUCAAAACAGAGUUAUUUUUAGCCUAAAAAAUCA